ACCAAAAGAACCGCAAAAAUCCAUUUAUAGGAAACAAUAAAAUGCAAAAUUGACAAAUGAUCAACUGAGGAAAAAGCAACAGGAGAAAGGAGACGAGGAGCAGCCGAGAAAAUGCUCUGCAACAACAACUCUAUAAGACAACUCUAAACUCUAUACAUUUCGGCGAGCCCAAACUAAUUUCACAAUAAUAAUAAUAAUCAUAAACAAUAAUAAUAAUAAACAAAUGCAACAAAAAUUUUCCUUUCCGAUUAUACAACACCUAAAAACGAUCUUUGCUCGUACGAAAGAAACCAAAUUCAGCUUCAGCACUUAACAACACUUGACUUGUCUACUGAAUAACUGUUCAACUGCUUAACUCAAUCCCUCAAUCACUCAAUCCCUUUAUCACUCAAUCAAUUGCUAAAACAUGCCGCGCUGCCUGAUUGCCAAGAAAUGGAAGGCAUAUCCGUGGCUGGAUCGGUCCGAGGAUAAUGCCGGCACAGUCCGAAAUGAGGAGCAGCUUUCGCAAUCCAAUCUCAAAUCGCGUCGCUCAACACUGGACGACGAUGAAGAGAUCGACGUUGUCGGUGACAAGCUGCACACCAGACAGCAACAACAACAACGCACAAUAAUUAUGACAACAGCAGCAGCAGCAGCAACAGAAACAACCAACGACUGCACAACAGCAACAUCCACAACAGCAACAGUUGCAACUGCAACAGCCACAGCAACUGCAACCACAACAACAACGGCCAAGUGCUGGGGACCCAGCUCACCAACGGCGGGCACAACGGCGCCAAGUCCGCCGCCACAUUCGCCGGAGGCAGCAACGCGUGGUGCGACCAAUGUCUACAAUGGGUACACGCGUGAGCUGUCGCCGUUGCACUACACAGCGUACCUGCCCCGCAUGGAGAGCGAAAUAACAGUAAUACGUGCGGCAGCCACAGCACUGGUGGCAGCCACAGCUGGCGAGCAACAACAACAGCAGCAGCAGCAGCACUUGGCUGCCUAUCAGACGCCACCAUCGUCGACGACCUCAUCGCCAUCCUGCUCGCCCAGCUACAGUCCGGGCGCGUUGCACAUCAAACUGGAGUCGGGGCAGACGACCAGCGAGCGGAAAUGCUUCAGCAGCACGGGUGCAACGCUGUCGCUACCACCGAAGAAGAAGGACAUCUACAGACCGUACUCGCUGGACGACAAACCGGCGCAGGGCUACCGGAGACGUGUCCCCGCCGAGGAGGAUCUGCAUGCGGCACAUGCCAUACUCGAUCUGAGCGCCUCGACAGCAUUCCACCCGCCCACGCAGCCACAUCAGCUGCAACAGCAACAGCAACAGCAGCAACAGCAGCAGCAGCAGCAACAACAGCAACACUUACCACACAGUCAUUUUCAGACGCACGCCCUUGCCACACCGUUGCUGGAGGCGCAUGCGCUGGUGAGAAGCACCUCAUCGAUUGCCGAACUGGCGGCAGCAGCCAGCGUGGUAAACGAACAACGCCCCUUAAGCAAUGCCAGCAGCAACAGCAACAGCAGCAAUUGCAGCAGCAGCAGUCCAGUCAGCAACAGCAGCAGCAGCAACGGCCACAGCAACACUUGCCACAGUCACAGCAACAGCCAUAAUAACAGCAACACCAACAGCAACAGCAACAACAGCAGCCACAGCAGCAACAGCAACAAUUGUCACGCCAGCAGUCACAGCAACAGCCACAGCAGCAACAGCGGCAAUUGCCAUGCCAGCAGCAACAAUUGCCAUGCCAGCGGCAACACUUGCCACAGUAACAACAGCGUGCAAAAUGAGAACAGCAACACGACAAACACAAAUCCGCAGCGAAGACUCAAUCACAGUCUGCGCCAGGUAUGCGGCGACGACAUCGAUAACGAUGCAGAUAUUGAGAACGAUAACGAUAACGACAUCGAUAACGAUAACGAUGACAGUACCGGACAAGCAGCCAAAACCGUUGCGUACACCUACGAGGCAUUCUUCGUCAGCGAUGGUCGCUCAAAGCGCAAACAUGUCAUCGAUGCGGCUGCCAUCGUCAUCCCGGAUCAGCAGAAGACCAAAUACACGUGCUCCGAAUGUGGCAAGCAGUAUGCCACCUCCAGCAAUUUGUCGCGCCACAAACAGACGCAUCGCUCCCUCGACUCGCAGUCGGCCAAAAAGUGCCACACUUGUGGCAAGGCCUAUGUCUCAAUGCCAGCUCUGGCGAUGCACGUAUUGACGCACAAACUCUCGCACAGCUGUGGCGUUUGUGGCAAGUUGUUCUCCCGCCCCUGGCUGUUGCAGGGGCAUCUGCGCUCGCACACCGGUGAGAAACCCUAUGGCUGUGCCCAUUGUGGCAAGGCCUUUGCGGAUCGCUCCAAUUUGAGGGCCCACAUGCAAACCCACUCGGUUGAUAAGAAUUUUGAGUGCAAGCGUUGCCACAAAACGUUUGCUCUCAAAUCGUAUCUCAACAAGCAUUUGGAGUCGGCCUGCCUCAAGGAUGAGGAGGAGCUGAUGCUGGCCAUGUCGCUGCAUGGACACACGGACAGUAAUAGUGAAAGUGGCGCCAGUUUGGCAUCCCCGCCACACGAGUUUAUGGAGCGUGUCAAGCUGGAGGGUGCAACUGGAGCAGGAAUAGGCGCAACAGUUGCAGCUGGAGUUGGAGCAUCAGUUGGCAUCACUUAUGCCAUCUAAGCAAAUCAUAUAUAUAUAUAUUGAGUAAGUUGUGCAAUCGACAAACAACAGCAACAACAGCAAAAAAAAGUCAUAGUUAAUUUACCGUUAAUAUUGAAAAGUUAUCGUUAUCGUUGUCGUUAUCGAUAGCGUUUUAUAAAUAUGAUUAAAUACGAUUACAUUACUUGACAUCACAAUACGUCCAGAAGCAAGUGUAGUAGAGUAACACAGAGACUGUAGAAAUUCGCAUUAGACACACGAAAAAACCAAAAAAAAACAAAAAAAAAAAAAACAAAACAAAAAAACAAAAAAACAAGUAAAGGAAAGGAAAAAAGCCCAAAACUCAAUACACUUUAGUAAACCUAAUCUCGUUCUUCUUUUAGUCUUAAGCGAGUUGAACAUUCCUAAAGCCUAAAAAUACAAACAUUCCAAAAACAAACACCCAACACACACAGACUCACACACAGACUCACACACACACACACCACACAGUAAGCCUUUUGCUGGCGGUGCAAAAACCGAAUGCAAUCCAAAACCUGAACUUGAGCAAUUCUAUGCUAGGGAAAUUCUAGCGCUAUCUAUAACAACUAUAUCUAUCCAAUGAUAUAUAUACUAUAUACUUGCA